CCCCCGUUCCCACCACCCACACACCCUCCUCUUCCUCCUUGCUCACCCACCUCUUCCUCAGCUCCUCUCCCCCUCCCCACGGCCAUAGCCAUGGCGACCACCACUUCCACCUUGUCUUCUCGGCACAGCUCCAAACCCAUACACCACCUCCUUUAGCCUUUCUCACAGAAGCUCCAAGGAUUACGUAGUAAAUAGCCGUACAUAGGUUCGGAGAAGGUGUAUACUACUACCAUACGAGGAAGACAGAGAGACAGAGUAGGCGAGGAUGAUGGUGGGGAAGAGAUCCGGGAGGCCGGCGCCUGCGCGGCAUCACAUGCGUCGGACGACGAGCAUGACGGAGUUCGCGCCGCCGGACCUGCUGGCGGGCGUGCCCGAGGAGGAGCUGGAGGACGAGGAGGCGGAGCUGCAGCUGCUGCCGGCGCACGCCGAGGGGGACCACCACCAGGUCCAGGCGGCCGGGGAGGAUCCCUUCGGGUGGGCCGUCGGCGGGUGCGCCGCGGGGAGGGCGGACUGGCUGGCGGCGUACCGCGCCCGCGCGGCGCCAGCGCUGGCGGGGCUCCGGCGGAACUCGGCCGACUUCUCGGCCGCCGAGACCGCCGCGUUCCUCCGCGCCUGCGGGCUCUGCAACCGCCGGCUCGGCCCCGGCCGCGACACCUUCAUGUACAGGGGCGACACGGCGUUCUGCAGCCUGGAGUGCCGGCAGCAACACAUCACGAUCGAGGAGUGGAAGGAGAAGUGCGCGCUCGCGACGCCGCCGACGGCGCCGCCACCGGCGUCCGAGCCCGUGGUUCCGCAGCCCGCCGCCGCGCGCUCCGACAAGCCCGGCACGCUCGCCGCGGCCUGAUCAGCUGGCGACGACGGACGAGAUCGAGCUCGCUGGCGCGCCACGCCCUACUCCACACGUUACCAUGAGGGGAGAGCCAUCAUCAGCUGUGUAAUAUGCUCGAUCAUCUAGCACUUGAUGCUACUAUAUUCAUCAUAUCAUCUGCGAUGGAUGCAUGCCACGCAUACAUCUUUGAUGAUUUGAUCUCAGAACGGCCUUGGCCACGCAUGAUUUUUGUCAUGAACCGUAUAAGUUGCGAUCAGCUUUGGAAUCACACGUUCCUCGCACGUA